AAAGCCAAUUUACAAAAAAAAAUCCCAUCUUGACAUACCAAAAGCUCAAAAGACCCAUCCUUUCCCUCAUUUCAUCAAAGACCAGAAGCCAUGGCCAGCAUGAUAAUGGCUUCCUCAAAGCCUGUGAUCACCGUUGUUGCUUCAUCUUCAAAACCCAAACACCAAAAAAUCCCACAGCUUUCCCUCCCAAAAAUCCCCACUCCAAAGUUCUUGAAAAUCCAACAAGUCCCCACUCUCAAAUCUAUAUCCCUAUUGACACUCACCUCUUUAUCCUUUGCCCCACCUUCACUUGCUGCAGAGAUUGAAAAGGCUGCACUUUUUGAUUUCAACUUAACUCUCCCCAUCAUGAUGGUUCAGUUCUUGCUCCUAAUGUUUGCUCUUGACAAGGUCUACUUCACCCCACUGGGGAAAUUCAUGGACGAAAGAGAUUCCGCCAUAAAGGAGAAGCUUUCCAGUGUGAAGGACACAUCUGAGGAAGUGAAGCAGCUUGAAGAACAAGCUAAUUCUAUCAUGAGAGCUGCAAGGGCUGAGAUUUCAGCAGCUUUGAACAAGAUGAAGAAGGAGACUCAGUUGGAAGUUGAGCAGAAACUGGCCGAGGGAAGGAAGAAAGUUGAGGCUGAAUUGCAGGAGGCUUUGGCUAAUUUGGAGAACCAGAAAGAAGAGACUAUCAAGUCACUUGAUUCCCAGAUUGCUGCUCUCAGUCAGGAUAUUGUCAAGAAGGUGCUUCCUCUCUAAAUUCCUCCAUUUUAUUAU